AUGCGAAUAAUUUUAUAAAAAUGGUUGACGUGAAAUUUUAAUUAGCCUAGUUUUUGUAGAAAGAGUUUGUGGGAUAUAAGAAAUAAAAAUUACCACAAUAGAGACAUAAACUGUGAAAUUAAAUUGCCUCAGAAAUGCAAACUACAAAACAACAUUACGUGGCCGCAGACUCGAACAGCUCGUCAACAACAAAAACGUUUGUACCCUGCAAGGUCUGCGGCGAUAAGGCUUCAGGAUACCACUAUGGAGUUACAUCUUGUGAAGGCUGCAAGGGAUUUUUUAGGAGGAGCAUACAGAAACAAAUAGAAUAUCGCUGCUUACGAGACGGCAAAUGCUUAGUAAUACGACUGAAUAGGAAUAGAUGCCAAUACUGUAGAUUCAAGAAGUGCUUAGCUGUAGGAAUGUCUAGAGAUUCUGUACGAUAUGGUAGGGUGCCGAAACGGAGCCGAGAAAGGGGGAACAGCACAGACGAGUCCACACGAGUAACGACGAGCGAUGCUGACCAAUCAGACACCGAGACGAAACAAUUGGCAGUGUAUGACGUCAUACUCACCGUGUCGCAAGCCCAUCAUGCCAAUUGCAGUUACACGGAGGACAACACCCGAUCGUUGACUCGCAAGCCGGUGACUCCACCCUCUUUUAAUACAGCCCCCGAUUCGCCACCGGACGCCGCGUCCUCGACAGCGGAGGCGGCAGAAGCGGAAAGAAGGUGGUUGUGGCAACAGUUCGCUAGUCAGAUUACGCCCGCCGUACAGCGAGUAGUGGAGUUUGCGAAACGUGUACCAGGAUUCUGUGACUUGGGUCAAGACGAUCAGCUGAUCCUCAUUAAAAUCGGCUUCUUCGAAAUAUGGUUGACACAUUCCGCAAGAUUAACUACAGUUUCAUCGAUGAUGUUCGACGAUGGCACCACAUUCACCCGGCAACAAUUGGAAACUAUGUAUGACGGUGAUUUUGUUUCAUCGUUGAUCCACUUCGCAAGUACCUUCAAUGCCUUAUCUCUGAACGAUACGGAAGUAGGGCUAUUUUCGGCAGCAGUACUGCUGACAGCUGACAGGCCAGGCGUAUCGGAUGUUAAAGCCAUAGAAAGGUAUCAAGAUCGGAUAGUAGAAGCUUUGAAAGUACAGGUGGGCCGGAAUCACGCCAAUGAGCCGCAAAUCUUCUCCAACCUGCUGAUCAAGCUGCCUGAGCUGCGCAAUCUUGGCGCCAAGCACUCGGCCCAUCUGGAUUGGUUCCGCUCCAACUGGACGAAGCUCACUCUACCGCCGUUGUUUGCAGAGAUAUUCGACAUUCCCAAAACCGAGGAUGAUUUGCAGUGACAUCGAAACGUCAUCGUCAUCAGUGCAUUCUACUAGAUUUUCGAUAUCUUCGAAAAAACAAAUGUUAAGACUUUCUUCUUAUAAGAAAACGUUUAUGAUUUAUGAUGAUAUGAAACUGUAAGUUCGCACAUACAUUCAAAAAGAUCCAUUUGCAAAAAUAUGCUUAUCAGAGAUACCUAAUUAAACAGUUUUGUAUCUGCGUAGAUUCUCUGAUUGUGACAGUAGAACAACAGAAACAUGAAUCGAGUUUUGAAAAGAUUCAAAAUCAUUCAAUCUCCCAACAAUUUUGUUUGCUACGUUUUGGACCAACUAUUUUGAGAUGUGUAAUACCAAAGUUUAGGAGUUUUGGCAGUUAUUAAAACUUCGGAUCGGAGAAACGUAUCUAACGAAGUCUGUCGACGACAUGGGAGACUUUGAGUCUUUGUUUUAAAUCAGCAUGUUUUUGGGUGUUUCAUGGCAUGCAAUAAACUCAGUCUUAUUGAAUACACAUCAAAAACGUGUCCUUGUAAGAAACAAGUAACGGUAACAAAUAUUUUUUGGAAACGGGGAGCGAUUUGCCACGCAUCUUGCUGUUUCACGUUUGUAUGCCUCAACUUGCUCAAAACCGUGCUAAAAGGCUGAUAAUCGUAUCGUGUAAGGGUUAUGUGAAAGGUAGAACUGUGAACGUACUUAAUUCGUAACAAAUUGGAGUUUAUUAGAAGUAAGUAAAUAAAUAUUACUAUUAAAUAUAGCGAGAUCAAUCUAAGAUUGACAGGGUCUUCAAGCUUAAUCACUUUUCUAGUGACCUACUGCAAUACUGUUGUUUUCGGCUCGACGUAUUUUUUGACGUUUUUAAAUACAUAUCAUUGUGAACGAUGGUAGAUGUUCUCUAGAUAUAAUAAGUGUAGAAUAUCUUAGAAUCGUUUGUUUUGUCUUGUUUUUAUAUGGAUACGUUUCCACUUUUUAGUCCACAAUUAUCACCAAGCAAUAUAUGAUAAUUAAAAAACAAUGACACUAAUUCUAAAAAGUAUAACAAAAGAUGUCUUGCGACAUCGGUUGGGACCGAUAUUUCAUUCUAGAAUAUAUUUAUACACCACCAACAUAUUUUGCCAUUCUUGGUUGGGUUGGUUUUGAGUCUGAUGCAAUUGCCCUAAUUACAGGUUAUCUAACAAAAAACGUUGAAAAAAGCAAAGGUGUGUCUUCUGUGGGUUCUCAGACAUGUGGGGUUCCACAAGGUGCCUAUUUUAUCUUGCAUUACGUUAAGACCGAGAGGGUUAAAAAUGUUACGCCAUUGACGACACUAAUUGGAGGUUAUACGAGAAUCCCACAAAUAAUGUUUUGGGUAUUUAUAAAAUGGAAAUUCAUCUAUAAAGUUGUUUUCGAUACGAUUCUGAGUAUUCUGCAUAGAUUGUGUAAAUAUAAUAUUAUACUUGUUGUCUGUUUUCUUUCGGUUUUGGUGUGAAACGAUAUAGAUUUCAAUUUUUGAAUCUAAGUUCGCCUCAAUAGAUACGAUAUAACUUUCUGGGUUAUGAAAAUAAUUAUUGUGCUCGUGAUAGAACUAAAAAUUGGAUACCCAAAUACCCAAUGGUUUAUUUUACAGCUACCAAAAAAAAAAAAAUUUAAAGCCAGUUUAGUGAGUAUAUAAUAUAGAUGUUGAUUGUCAUGAUGAAAUAGAUAUAAAUAUCUGAAUCUCAAUAACCGUAAACGAUUUUUCUUGGAAUAUAUUUGAAGUCUCGGGUAUCAUAUAACUAUUUGUAACGCAGUCUUGGAAUUAGCAAGCAAAACUUCUAAGCUGUAGAUUAGUUUGCGCUCUUGAUAAUUAUAAUAUUGUAGACUGGUUAUUUGUUGACAUUUACAACAUUUUUCGGUGGUUUAAUGCUAUUAACAUUGCCAAAACUUGUAGAGUAGGAAGCACAUCCAAACAACAAAAAUAUCCAAAACCGUUUACGUUUUAGUUUUGUUUCUUGUUUGAUUAGCUAUUGCUUGUUAAUUUUGCGACGUAGUAUAAAAAUAUUGUCGAUAUACUUAGUAGUAAACUAUGCUUAAAUAAUAAGUGAAGUAACAAUCAUUGCGAUAUAGCACUAUCUAGAUUUAAUACCGGUAGAAUAAAAUCUCGUGUUUAUAUCUCUUAGAGUACAAAAAAUUAAUUCUUAUAGAAUUUCUGGUUUUUUAUAUGGUUAUAUUAUAGCAAUUUAUUUGUUUUAAGAGAAUUUAAUUCUCAUUAAUAAUUAUUUAUAUACGAUACUUUAUAUGCGGAGGAAUAGGAACACUGUCCAAUGUGCGGAACAUAUCUUUGGUAAUAGUGAGAUGUGAUGGGAUCUUGAAAUAUUAUUUUUACCUAUACUGAAUAUCAAUAAAUGAUAAAUACGAUUUAAUAAAAAUCCUCCAUGAACCAUUCAUACAAAAAAUAUUGUACGUGUUUUCACUCCCAGUAAAGCUACUUAUCAGACCGCAACUGGCAAUAAGUUUAUAAAUUCUAUUGACGCUUCGGCUCAAAAAAUAGAAAUAAAUAAAUGAAUCUUUAUGUUAAUUUCAGUAUGGGUUCCAAAUUUCAAGUCCCGAGAGUAUAAAACAAUUUAUGUAUGACUGAAGGAAUUUAUAACACUCUGUGGUUAGUGACAAAGCUCGGAUUUGUAUAUGUAUAUUUGCGAAAAAAGCUCAUUGAAAGAAGACGUAAAAAGGCGUUUAUAGUACCUAACUUUUAAUUUUACAUCAGCAUAUGUACAUAUAUAUAGGUUUGCAAUUCAUAAUCUUCAUUAUUUUGUCUGAAUAAAUUUACAAGUCUGUUCAAAAUUUCUCGGAAGUUACGUCAGAGUUCUCCGGAAUGAAAUUGCUCAUAACUAUUUGAAAAGUAUAAUAACAGUGAAAUAUUAAGGUAUUAAGGACGGAAGAAUUAUCGAUUUUAUAAAUUUGAAUUUGUGAAUCGCAUUCUCGUAACAUGAGCCUUUGAACAGCAGAAAAUGUGUUUAAUUAAGUGACUUCAUUAAAAGUUCACUGCCUGAUGAUAUUAUAUUCUUUAGCUUAGUCUUCUUAAGUUAUUUAUUUACAAUACACUUAUACUCAUCUACAUUCUUUUGAACUGCAGUGAAUAAUUUACAGAAAAUUUCAAAUUUCAGAAUAGCGUUAGCUUAACAUUUUUUUAGUCAUAUAAUCUCGAUCAAGUGUGAUAUUAAAAUAUUUCACGAAUUUUUUUCGUAAACCCGCCGUUUGCUUUCUUCAUUUCAGGUCACAAACCAUCCCAUGGAUGGUAUGACAUUGAGAUAUAUGUUGAAAAAAUCGUUGUUAUCUAUCUUGUUUAUAUUCUAUUAAAGUUUACAUGUAUAAGUGAUGUUUAUGCACUAAAUACUUUUAUUUGUAUAAUCUGCGGAAGAGAUGCUCACGUUAUAUCGUAAAUUUUCUAUUGCUACUCAUCUGUAUGUGAAUAUUUAGGACUUUAUUGUUCAUUUCAGUGAAAAAUGUAUACUAUAUACACGAAUAAAUUCCCUUUAUUUAGA